AGUGACCCAAUGCGAAGCUCCUAUGCCGAGGCUGAUUUGUUGACAGGCAGCGGUGGUGUGGUGAGCCAUCACUACCGGUUGCAGGAGCGCUGUGGCCGACAAGUAGGCUAGAUCUUCAGCAUAUUUGUUGCCAGCGACGAUGCAUUGGAGCAGCUGGAUCGGUGCGAUAGGUCAGUGAUGGCUGCCGCGGGAGUUGCAAUCGCUGUAAAGCUCGAGUCUGUGACGCGGUGGAUAUGUGGGCAUUCUAGAAUUCUCAUGCAAUGGAAUGAGUUAGCAACGAACUCUUAUGGAUUCAUACCUGAGAGCAUUAGAAAAAAAUCCUAUCGCGAUCCUUGUCUCUGGUUGUGCUAUGAUGAAAAGUUUUGCGGUCCGAUAUCAUCCCUGAUAGUAUUCAAACAGUAGUCUUCUCAAAAGAAAAGAAAAAAAUCUGCCAAUCUGCGGUGCCAGCAGUACCAAAUCCAAUAGGACAGUCGCAUCUUCGUCUUCUUCGCAUCCAGGGCAAGCCCCAACGUGCAAUGAAAAGGAAAAAGAAGCCUGUCAGACGUCCAUCAACACCCACCCUGCCCAUGCGCCCGAAGGCAAGACCACGAACAGGGUCGAGAUCAUCAAGAGAACAACUCUCUAUACAGCAGAAGCACGAGGCAACUACCGCCAUCCUUGCGGACAGGGCGAGAGGACCAGAAAAUUCACUCUUGGGUGUCGAGGAUAUACAAUCAUCAACCAGGGUGGAUUCGAUGGCUCUUUUGGGAACCAAAGCAAGAGACAAAUACUAUAGAAAUGAUUCUCCUGUGAAAGAAAACAAGGUUAGACGAUUGCUCUAGAAGCAUGCUGCUGCAGGUAGGGGUGGCACAUACUGAAGUAUUGUCGACGUGAAGAAGAAAAGAAAAAAGAAAAUCGAAAGAACGAGCGGCGGGCGAAGUUUUAUAGAGGGUGGGCGGGCAGAAAUUUUGGCGGGCGGUGAGCGAGUGCCCCUCCC